GAGGCCGCAGCUUUUAGCCCUACCCACACGCCCUCACGGCCCGGGUACUGCGCUCGGCAACCGCACCCCGUGCCCGCUCUGGCCCCCGGGGUAGGCAAGCGGCCGGGAGAAGUCGCCAGGGACUACUUUGCCUCCUUCUCCCGUGGGCGCCCCCGGUUCGGGCAGCGGCGGCGGAAGGAGCGGGCGGCGUGAGCGCUUCCGCCGCCCCCCUCACGGCUCCCCUCUGGCGGGUGUGAGGAGCUGGCCCGCCGAGCUGCUGGUGGGCACUGGCUGGUGGGGGACCUGCGGCCGCUCUCCCGCUGCUUCCCGGGACCCUGUCUCCUGGGCGCGCCCGCUCUUCUCCGACCCGGGUGGGGGAGAUCGGCUCGCCUGCCCUGGCCUCACACGCUCCCCGCCGCCCCCUCCUCCCCCUGCUGGAGGCGUCCCGACUGGAGCGUGUCUGGAGGAAUCCGCCGCCGCGAGGCCCCUCGCCCGAUCCGGCUCGUGCCUGAGGACCGCUCCGGCCGCCUCCGGGCGCUAAGCGGGCAGCCGGCGGCGAGGUGGGAGAUGGUGGGGUGGGCUCCGGCAGGACCGUGCCGCCGCCGCCCGGAGCCUGGGCUCGGCACCCUCCCGCCGGCCCCCACCGAACGCAGCUCUGCUUCCUCCUCGCCGCAUCCCUGAGGGAAGCGCCGCCUCUGCUCCCGGGUUCUCCGCCCGCCCGCUCCUUCCUGGCCGGACCCCGCCGCGCUCCACCCCGGUGGCGGGAGGAGCAGCUCUCCAGUCAGCCUUCGCAGCCCCUCUUCCCUUUUUCCUUUCCACCCACCCUCCCCGGCCUCCUCGGAUCCCUUGGCUGGGCGCUGAGGCGGAGGAAGAGGCUGGGGUCGCCACGGCGGAGGUUGUUGCCGCCACCCCCCUGCGGGGGUGGCCGGGGUUCCCGGCUGGGGGGGCACCGUUCCGGGUGAGGCAUCCACCAUGGUGAGGCCCCUGAGCCGCUGCCCCCGCGCCCCCCCGGCCGCCGCUGCCUCCUGCCCCUCGGUGCUGCCGCUGCUCCUCCGCUUGCUGUUGCUCCUCCAUCUCCAGAUCGGAUCGCGGUGAGGGAAAGAUGAGCGAGGAGACGGCGACUUCUGACAACGAUAAUAGUUAUGCACGAGUGCGAGCUGUGGUGAUGACCCGGGAUGACUCAAGUGGUGGAUGGUUACCACUUGGAGGGAGUGGACUAAGCUGCGUCACGGUCUUCAAAGUCCCUCACCAGGAAGAGAAUGGCUGUGCUGACUUUUUUAUCCGUGGAGAGCGACUCAGGGACAAAAUGGUGGUUUUGGAAUGUAUGCUUAAAAAAGACCUCAUUUACAAUAAGGUCACUCCAACAUUUCACCACUGGAAGAUUGAUGACAAGAAAUUUGGCCUUACUUUUCAAAGUCCUGCUGAUGCUAGGGCUUUUGAUAGAGGCAUUCGAAGAGCUAUAGAAGAUAUUUCUCAAGGAUGCCCAACAUUUAAAAAUGAAGCUGAAGGAACAGAAGAUGACUUACAAGCAACUGAAGAGGACAGUUCCAGUUCUCUAGUGAAAGAUCAUCUCCAGCAAGAGACAGUUGUUACCAGUGAGCCGUACAGAAGCUCAAGACCUUCUGCCUUUGAAGAUCUGAAUGCCAGAAGAGUUUACUUGCAGAGCCAAGCCAAUCAGAUAACGUUCAGUCAUCCGGGCCUAGACAGUCAGAGCAGAAGUAUAGAAUAUGUACAACGACAAAUAUCCAAGGAAUGUGGAAACCUAAAAUCCCAAAAUAGGGUCCCUUUGAAAUCAAUCCGACAUGUCAGCUUUCAAGAUGAAGAUGAGAUUGUCAGAAUAAACCCUCGAGAUAUCUUAAUACGUCGUUAUGCAGACUACAGACAUCCUGACAUGUGGAAAAAUGACUUAGAGAGAGAUGAUACUGAUUCCAGUAUUCAAUUUUCUAAACCAGACAGUAAAAAAUCAGACUAUCUAUACUCUUGUGGGGAUGAAACUAAGUUAAGUUCACUCAAAGACUCUGUGGUAUUUAAGACACAGCCUUCCUCAUUAAAAUUUAAGAAGUCAAAACGAAGAAAAGAAGAUGGUGAACGUUCCCGCUGUGUAUACUGCCAGGAAAGGUUUAAUCAUGAAGAAAACGGCAGGGGAAAAUGUCAGGAUGCUCCAGACCCUAUUAAAAGAUGCAUAUAUCAAGUUAGUUGCAUGCUCUGUGCAGAGAGCAUGUUAUAUCAUUGUAUGUCAGACUCAGAGGGAGAUUUCUCUGAUCCCUGUUCAUGUGACACUAGUGAUGACAAGUUCUGCUUGCGAUGGUUAGCCCUAGUAGCUUUGUCCUUCAUCGUACCAUGUAUGUGCUGCUAUGUCCCUUUGAGAAUGUGCCAUCGUUGUGGCGAGGCGUGUGGGUGCUGUGGUGGGAAGCAUAAAGCUGCUGGGUGAAAGGAUCCCAUGCCAAAAUGAGCUUAAAAUCUUUGUUUCCAGGAAUUAGCUAACUUGGAUUUGUGGAAGCUUUUGGCAAGCAAUAGGAAAUCUUGCCUGGUAUCAUUGGGGCCACACGUGGAGGAAGCAGAACUCGUUAGUUCUUGGCAUUUCACAAACGCUAGCCAUGCCUAACUUUCUCCCUUCAGAGCAUGGCAUGUUUUGUUACAGGUUGUAAAGCGUAUUUGCAAAAGGAAACCAUUUCUGGUUAUUGGCUAUACAAAGUGAGCAUAAAAUAUCCAACUUAAAAGGGAUUAAUUUUUGGCAUUUUUGUAUAUUUAUGCAUUAGGUGAUGGGACUUUUAAAGGUUUGAAUUCAUUAAGACAUAAACUAAAAGUGCACUAGGGGACGGUUGUUUUCAAUCUAAGAAAAGUUAACACUUGGGAAUUGUAAGAAGUAAAAUAAGUGCAACUAAAUCAUUUAUUAGUUGUUUUUUGAAAGCGGUUUUAUGUAUAAAUAACAAAUGUUUAUAUUUAACUAAAUAUAAGGUACGAAUUAUCACAUAUUAAACUUUUCUUCCCCUUCCUAGUUCUGAAGUAGAUGUACAUAUAUCUACUGUCACAUUCCAUUAUAUUUUGAAUAUUUUACUCAUCUAGUUAAUAAUGUUUUUAUUCCAUGUGAAUGAUUUGGUAUUUUCAUCUUCAUUUCCCUUUGGCUACAGUUUAUAUUGAGUUCUAUCUGUACAUUCUGGUAAUCUAAAAUCUUUAAAAAUAUUCUAAUAGCCUCGAGUGACCAAUUUUUUUUUUUUAAAGCACAGAUGUAAUUGUGUAAUGUUCUGAUGGGAACGUAACACUUAUUUUUAUAUAAAAAGAGACUGAGUAAACAUUAUAGAAAAAAGUGAGGUUUUGGGGUUGUUUUGUUUUUUGUGGUAUUCAACCAGCAAGUUGUUUUCUUUCAGAGUUCCCUCCUUCAAAAAAUCACAUUGCAUUUACAAAUGUUUUACAAGGCAAAAAGUGUAACUGGAUAGUCCAUGUAAAAGUUUCCUCCUGAGAUCUCCAUUUAUCAUUCUGCUAAACUAGAAUAUGUUCAGCUGUGUUAAUUUUUUAGCUUAAUUCUCAGUGCUUAUU